AUGUCGGCUGCUACAGAUAAAGCGCGCUUCUACCUCGAGAAGUCCGUUCCGGAGCUCAAGGAAUAUGAGAAGAAAAAGAUAUUUAGCAAGGAUGAAAUUAUGUCCAUUGUUAAAAGACGAUCAGACUUUGAGCAUAAGCUCAAUGCUCGCGGCGCGCAGCCUGUUGACUUUGUGCGAUAUGCGGAAUACGAGAUGAACCUCGACGCUCUGCGGCGCAAAAGAGUGCAGCGACUAGGUGUUCGGUCCGGAGGCCAUGCGGGUCAACGACGGAUCUUUUUCAUUCUCGAACGAGCAACGCGCAAGUUUCGCGGUGAUAUUGGCUUAUGGAUCCAGUAUAUCGAAUAUGCUCGACUACAGAAAGCUUAUAAGAAACUCACGACGAUCUUCACGGAUGCAUUACGGCUUCACCCUACCAAUGUGGAUCUGUGGAUCUACGCGGCACAGUACAACUUAGACGAACACGCGGAUAUGACAAUGUCACGGACGUAUAUGCAACGGGGGCUGAGAUUCUGCAAGAGCUCCAAGAAACUGUGGCUGCAUUAUGCGAAACUCGAAUUGAUUUAUGUUGCCAAACUUGUUGCUCGACAACGGAUAUUAGGAUUGGACCAGCCGAUUGAGGCACCCAAGCCAGCAGAUGAAGGUGGCCUUGAUGAUGCUAACGCCGAUAUGAUCGUUCUGCCCAAGAUCACUGGAGAGGAUAUCAAUCCUAGUGCUGGAGACGAAAAUGGAGUGGAUGAGGUUGCACUGCAGAAUCUAAACUCGACUCCUGCAUUAAGCGGCGCCGUGCCUAUUGCUAUCUUCGAUACGGCGAUGAAGAAUUUCGCUUACGACGAUGUAUUCGGCCGCGAUUUCUACGAUAUGGUCUCCGAAUUUGAGGAUAUACCGUGCCUGUGCAAGAUUCUGGGUCAUGUGGUCGAGGUACUGUUGCAGCACAAGCCCGCCAGCCACCAUACACAGAUCUGCAACAUUCGACUCCCCAUCGCCGGAAUCCAGCCUACAUCACCCGAGUUCCCACGAGCAUUGGGUUCAUCUCUUACUCGUCUGAAGGAGCACCGACAAAAUCCCAAGAUUGCAACGGAUGUCGUCAGCUGGCUGCAACCACUCCAGAAUGCAGAGGGCUUGGAUCCUGCCUUGGAAAAGGUCAUUGCAGCUACUAUCUUCAAUGCCGAACGCGUACUCCAGCAGGAGUAG